AUGCCGUAUUCUGACAUACCCGAUACUGUUAAUACCGAUAACCAGAACGAUACUGAACCAGUCCUUGAUCCCGGUAAGUUGCCUGAUGAUAGUGAUGCAUUCAAAUUUAACAUGACUUGUGGUAAACUGCCCAAUGUUAACGGAGCGUACUGUACCAGUGGAAUUGUUAAUGAGCCAUGCAACACCGGCAACUCAGUUAGUUGGAAUGUUGGAUGUACAAAAAACCACGCUCUUAACUAUGGUUGUAUCGCACUAUCGGAUGUUAUAGAACCCGAUUAUAGUAAAAUUACUGGACUGAGCUUAGACUGUGUCAGUCAUCAAAAUGGAAGCUAUUCUGAAUGUAACGGAGUUAUUAACAGUAAAUUAAAUCCUGAAAAGGAGCAGUAUACGGAUCGUAGUGUAUUUAAGCACGAGAAGCUUCCCAAUUCACAUUGGAUAUUUGAUGUUGGUAAUUCGUUCCAAUUUAAUGUUAAAUGUGUUGACCAUGAUACCGCGUAUAAUCCACAGAGAGCGAAUUUGUCGAGUGACAACACGUCUUACCCGAGUGUUUAUGAGAAUUUUGAGCCUUUGAAUACGAGCCUUUAUGAAAAUGUGCGUCCUGGGUCUAGGAAUAUGAAUAUUUUCGAAGAUGAGUACAAGGAUAAUGAAGUUUCGAAUGAUUCAGAUGCACUUGUUAUGAAAUGUGUCGGAGGAACCGGUGUUAAAGAGCGAUAUUUCGAUGAGGGUGUCGAGUUUAGACUGCAUAAAAUUGAAGAAAAUGAUAAUGGUACGAUCUAUACGGUUGAAUCUGGCGUUGGUGGACAUGGUCCAAGUAGAAUAACUGGGUUGGAAAUCAAUUGUCCUACUUAUACGGAUAGUAAGCUGAAUUGUGAUGGUAAAGUAUAUUUUGGGCAACCCAACUCUGAUCGAUUACUCAAGGCUGAAGAGUUUGACACAACGUCCGGAAUACCAAAACUGAGUUCUAAUGAAAGCAAUCGCCUAUACGAUGCUGUGUGCACGGAUGUAACCAACUCUUUAUGCAGCAACCAGGAAUCAUCAUCAAACUAUCAAGAUCAGGAGUAUAUCGCAGGUGCUGUAGCGGUAUAUAUAACACUGUUUCUGGGCAUUCUUGUUAUUAUCACCGCUUUGGUACGGUAUUUGAAGAAACGAAGAGCUAAAAGACAGCAGAGUGUGAUAGACGCUUUAUCUGAAGAGCAAGAAAUGGGGUAUAAGAAACGGUUGAUUGAACCAUGA